CAAAGCACUUGGCCUAAAUUUAAAAAAUGACACCUUUAACUUCUUCUUACUCUAUGAGUGGUUUUUCUUCAACAACGUGUAUCUGUAUAUUUUAUCCCCUUUUUUCAUUUGAAUUUCAAAUUUAAAUCCUCAGAUCGAAAACAGACAGCCAGAUAGGAAAGAUUGCAUGCCAUAAAAAAUCAAUUUAAAUAACGGCAGAACAAUAAAUAAAAAUAAUAACUGUGCUGAUUUUUCAGGUUCCAUUCUUGCAGACUAAUGAUGGAAGAUUCAGCUUGUCUUAUGCAUGCUUUCUCUUAUGCUUCUGCCAUACCCAAUGAAGUAAAACAGGGAAACUCUGUUCAUGCACUUGGGGAGUCAAUUUCUUUUGGGAGAUUUAUGUCAGAGUCAUUAGAUUGGGAAAAAUGGUCAACUUUUUCCUCUCAUAAAAGAUAUGUAGAGGAGGCUGAGAGGUAUGCUAAGCCAGGUUCUGUUGCGCAGAAAAAAGCAUUCUUUGAAGCUCAUUACAAGAAAAUUGCUGCCCAAAAAGCUGCAGCUUUGCUUGAACAACAAGCCAAUCAAGAAAACCCCAAUUCUAAAAUCACCAAAAAUUCAUCCCCUGAUUCUGUAAAACUCCAUGUAGAAGCUAAUCAAGAAGAGGUCCAUGAGAACCCUAAUAGUCUAACAGAUUCCAUAGUUAAGGCUUCAGUUUCAGUUGCUGACGUGGAGAAGAGAGAAAAUGAGGGCUCAGUGGAGGGUCCUGGUACUCCUGAAGCUACAGAGAAUGAACCAUCAAACCAGAUUGAGAAUGGUGAAACCCAAGAAACAGUUUCAGGGUCUGAGAUUAGUGAAACAUCUCAUACUGAGAAGCCUUUGCUGAAUAUGAAGCAGAGCUCCAGCUCUAUGCUUGAUGAUGAUGCUGCAUCAGUGACAAGCAAGAAAAAGCAGUCUGCUUUUUCUUCAUUCAAAUCAGCAGUCUACUCCAAGAAAUAUAAAGUUCCACCUUCGCCUGCCAGGCAUAACAUUCCUCUUGAUGUCGAUAAAGAGAACCAUUUCACUCCAAUGACAACAAGUACUAACUUGGACUUGACGAAAGAAAUGAGAUCAACCGCGAAAUCUUUGAGCAAGUUGAUCAACUUUACUCCUGCCAUAGAGCCACACAAGAUACCUCCUCCACCUCCUUUCAUCAAGAAGGAAAGUUCAAAGGUUGCUUCUCCUACUACCGAGGCAUCUAAGAAGUGUGCAACUCCUAAGACAACAUCAAAUGGUGCAUUCAAUCGUCCCAUGACAACGCCAUCUUCAGAAAGCAGAAGGAUUAAAACACCAAUUCAUCCCUCAGCUUCAGGAAGUAAAACACCGGGGCCUAAAUGGAACAUUUUGUCUUCUGUUUCCAAGUCUUUCACAGCCUACCGGAACAAAUUACAAUCACCAACUUCAUUCACUCCUUUCUCCCUGAGGACAGAAGAAAGAGCUGCACGAAGGAAACAGAAGCUUGAAGAAAAAUUCAAUGCCAAGGAGGAAAAGAAAGUUCAACAACAAACGACAUUAAAGGAGAAAGCAGGAACAGAUCUUAGGAAAAAACUUCAACAAAGCUUUUGCUUCAAAGCUCGCCCGCUGCCUGAGUUCUACAAGGAAACAGAAAUAGCAAAAGUUCCCACAAAAAAGACUCCAGUAACACAAGCUCAAUUGCCCAAACGUGGAAGAAUGCCAUAUCCCAGCUCAAAGCAAGGCUUAGUCUCGAAGCCAGCUUCUGUAUCUUUGACGAGGAACGACUCUUGCAAGAAUCCAAGAAAGAAGACUAGCUAAAAAAAUCCACAAAUCUUCGCUCCUUGCAAAGAGUAGUGUCUUUUUUAGAAUGCGUUUCAAUUGAGCAUUUCUUCCUAGAGAUUGUUUUGGAGGUGUAUGAAUGUGUCUUCUUCAUAUGAUUAAGGAGAAGCAACUCCAAAACCUUGUAUAAAAGCUAUCUAGAGGUUUAGAAAUAUUUAAACCUUGGAGUUCUGGA